AGCGAGAGGCAGGCAGAAACUGCAGCUGAAAAAAGAAGGGAGAACGGCUGUGAAACAGCAUAAGGACCAAUUGGCUUGUUUCAAGAACGAAAGCUUAGUAAAGAAAUGGAAAAUACUUUCCUGUGAGGAGAAACAGUUUAAUUGUGAAAGACACUAUGUACUUGGAAAAGUUGUAACUUCUUGUUAGAGUCUUGACUAGUGGUGUAUGUGGGGAGGAUCCUCUCUUACUGUGUUUCUUGAAUUUAACUUGAGCAUACACAAUUCACAUUGUUUGAUGCAUAUAUGGUCUCUGUUUGCUGCAGGAUGGAACAUGAGGCUUCCCAGCUAGAAAAGCAGCAUGUACAUAGUGUCUAUGAAAGCACAGCCACCUAUUUCAGUGACCUGCAGGGCAAAGCAUGGCCUCGUGUUCGACAGUUUCUGCUGGAGCAAAAGCCUGGAAGCCUCAUUGCAGAUAUAGGUUGCGGUACUGGAAAGUAUCUUGGCGUCAACAGCCAGGUGUAUAACCUGGGAUGUGAUUAUUGUAGCCCUUUGGUUGAGAUUGCAAGAAGUAAAGGUUGUGAAGUGAUGGUCUGUGAUAACCUUAAUCUUCCAUUUCGGGGUCAGUGCUUCAAUGCAAUCAUAUCUGUGGGAGUGAUUCACCAUUUCUCCACGAAACAAAGACGAAUCAAAGCAAUAAAAGAAAUGGUAAGGGUGCUGGUACCUGGAGGCCAGAUGAUGAUUUACGUUUGGGCGAUGGAGCAAAAGAAUCGGCACUUUGAGAAACAAGAUGUGUUUGUUCCGUGGAACAAAGCCUUGUGCUCCCGGCUGCUUUCUGAAUCCAAUAAGACUGGGCAUAAGACUGAUAUUGCACAGACUGGAAAUUCUCAGUUCAUGCACUCACACCAACUAAUGGGUUCUAAAUACAGCUACCCUAUUACCCUUGAACAGAAACACCACCAAAGGACUGAUGGUUGCUUAGCUGAAACUUGCUGUGUGAAAAUUUCUGAUGAGGUAGAAAACCGAUUUUACAGUGCCCUUGGGAGAUCUUUCCGUUCCUGGUUUUCAUCUAGAUCCCUAGAUGAGUCAGCCUUGAGAAAACAAAAUGAAAACAUGGAGUCUUUGAAGAAUACUGUUGGCUGGACAAACAGCACUGUAUCGGUUCAGCCCUCAAGACACUGCAGCUUAGAUUUAGGUUGCCGUGGCUCCUUGCUGAAAGAGCCUACUGACUAUGAUGAAGUGUUCGUGAAGCACAUGGCUUGCAAAAAAAUGGAAUGGCUGAGGGCCUCGAGGUCACUGAGAGAUUUCAAUGGUGAGCCUUCUGCGUUAGUCCAAACCCAGAGUGGUGAAGCCUCAUUUCUACAUGAUCCCAUUGAAAACAUUAAUAAUGGCUAUAUCCAUCAAGGCAAUACUCAUUCCUUUCCAGGCAAACACAUCAAAAGGACUUCUUCUUCUGGCUCCAGUGAGUCUAUUGUAAAUGCUGCUGUGGCUGUGGGAAGCUUUGGAGAGGAUGCAAAAGCCUUUAUGCGCUAUUAUCAUGUAUUUCGGGAAGGGGAAUUGUUCUCUUUGCUUGAAGAAAAUGUGCCGGAGGUUCACGUAUUAAGUUCAAGCUAUGAUCAUGGGAACUGGUGCAUUAUUGUGAAGAAGACCAAUGAGCAACUAUAGAACUAAACUGAAGAAUGCAGGUUUCACAUGCUGCUUCCUGUAGAAUUUUAGAGACCUUUCUGCUUGUGCCUGUCACCAUUCUGUUUGCAUUGGUACAACGCAUGCAUAAAGGAUGUCACAGGGGAGGGAAGUGUACUUGACAUAUUGAGGAAAUGCAGGCUUGUUACAAAUAAUAUUUGUCAUAAUUUUAUAUUGCUUGUAGAAGAUCUGUUUUGUGUUUUAAAAACUUUUUUUAGAUAAAUGAAACUUCUUAUAAUGUAAGGAAGUAGACUUUCCCCCCAUACCCUGCACAAAUUAUUCCACUGUAAAUAUCAGCCAUGAGCAGAAAUUGGCCAUGUUACUUUUUUGGGCUACAACUUAACAAUUGUAGACUGGUGACCAUCCCCUAAGUCAGCAGUGGCCAUUUUGGCAGUGGAAUUCAGGGAAAUGUAGUCCAAAAAUAACUUUGCUGAAUUCCAGCCUUCAGCAUAGAUACAUUUUGUUGAACCUUUUUAUUCAGCAGAUUGUAUACUGUAAUGUAAGCCUUUACUUUUUAGAAAAUCUUUUAAAAAAAACAAAAAAACCCUUUGCUAUCCAAAUAGGCUCCAACUAUCUAGGAAAUGUUUGUACAGCAAAAGCCUCUGGAAAAUAAGGUUUGACAUUUAGCUUCUUAUGGAGGUAAUGGUGGGAAAUAGGAGGUCAGGAAAGAACAGGAUUUUGAAUGAAGCAACAGUAGCAUUCUGUGUUAAAACUGGAGUGCAGAAAAGUUCCUGCUUUAGACUAUAUCUCACAGAAUCUCCCAGCUUGGCUGUGCUACACUGGCUGAGGGAUUCUCGGAGUUAUGGGGCAGGGAAGGAACAUUUUGCUAGCUCUGGAACAAUGUCAAAAAAUGGUCAUUGUACAAGAAGUCUGUAUCCUUUGCUGCAGGAAGAUUUCACUCUUUCUUAAUGGGAUACAGUUUUUCGUAGGACUGUGAUGUAAGGCUUAGUGAUGGUGGCUGAAAUGAUCCAAAGCUGCAGUCCCUGCAUAAUUCCUUAUGAGUAAGUUUGGUUGAAUUCAGUGUGAUGUUUCUGGUGAAACUUACAUAGGACAGAGUUCUGCAGUUUAAAAAAACAUGGUUGUUUAAAUCAAGCCUCAAACUGUUAUCCAUUUGUCCAGAUUGGAUUUAAUUCCAAACUUUAUGUUACGUAUUGUGAGAAUGAGUCUUGAGUUCAUUAGCUUCUCCCUGCCCUCUUGUACUGUAAUUGCAUGGCCACAAGGAAGACAUCAGGAGCUCUCCCCACCCAGUUGUAUCUAUUUACUAUAUGCAUAAAAUUAUAUUAGAAUGCAGUUUUAAUGUAUAGUCAGCCUUCUGUGUUCAUGAAUUCUUUAACUAUGGACUCAAUUAUAUAUUUAUAUAUUACAGAUUCUAAAAAGCAAAAUUUGAUUUCACCAUUUUAUAUAAGGGACACCAUUUUAAUAUGUCAUUGUAUUUAAUAGGACUUGAGCAUCCAUGGAUUUUGGUAUUCACAUGUGUCCUGGAACCAAACUCCAGCAAAUAACAAGGACCCACUAUAAUUAAGUUAAUAAAUUUACAGCUCCCUUAUUAUUUCAAAACCUGGAUAGGUUUUGCUCAUUCUUAACCCUGGCUCAGUGAAACAAGCCAGCUUUAAACUAUGGUUUAUGAUCUCAACAUGUUUUCCUAAAGAGUGGGCAACUUUGAUAGAUCUGGGGCCAAUUUCCCCCCUGAAACCUGCUAUGCACUUGGAAUUUUAAUUUCCCUCCCAAGACUCAAAGCAGGGGUGGUGAAUGAAGGUUUAUGACUUGCAAAAAUGAGGGCUUGAUGUAUGUGGUCCAUGGACCAUCUCUGUACUACACCACAGUUAAAGUUAACCAGAAUUGGGGAUUCAAACAUAACAACAAAUUGGUUAACUGAUAAUGGAAACAAAAGUUCCCACUCUCUUUGCAUCUACUUUAGAACAGAAAAGGAAGAGGAUGAUUCUGAGUUUUUUUUUAAAAAAAAUACAAAAUACUAACAAUAGCUAUAGUAUCAUACAGUACUUAAAUUUGAUCUUUUUCUUGAAGUGAGUCUUAGGGCCAAACACACUUCAGAAAUAAUCCACUUUGACACUGUUUAACUGCCCUGGCUCAAUGCUAGGGAAUUCUGGGAACUAGUUCUGUGAGAUAUUUAGCCUGCUCUAUCAGAGAGGUCUGGUGCCGCCAUGAACUAUAAUUCACAGAAUUCCCUAGCACUGAGCUAUAGCACUGACAGCACUAAAAUGGUGUCAAAGUGGAUUAUUUCUGCAGUGUGCUUGGCCCUAAGAGUGUUUUUGACUUUCUGGUUACAGAUAUAAAGAAUAUGCACAAUUUAAAAAAUCUUGGAUGAGAAUGGAUAUUCCGACAAGUCAAGACAUUCUUUGAAAAAUUGUUAACUGAUGUGUGAUAUUUCAGCCUGCACAAAUGCAAAAAAAAUGUAUUUUUGUAAAACCCAUUACCUUUCAUGGAAAAUACAUUUAAUCUGAAAAGAACAACCCUUUGUGAAUUUUUUAGAAAGUGAUCCCAAAAUCCCCCCCUAUGCAAAAACUUUCAUAAUAUUGCCCAGUGGGGAGAAAACAUUUGAAACUUCAUUCUUGUGUGUGAGAACAAAACAAAAGGUUUAUAUCACUAGUUUUAGGUUAGAAUCCUGUUAGUGACAUGUGUGUGCAUAAGUGUGCCUUUUGUGUGCAUAUCUCUCUUUUUGGAUGGGGCAUUGGGGGCUGUCUUAAAACUCCCCCCAGCAGCUGUCAAACUGUGGUUGGGGGGUUUGCAGCUGGUGUUUAUCAUUGGGGAGGGAGAGGAUGGAAGGAGGCAGAUCAGAGGUGGUGAAUGUGGCUGGUGUGGAUUGUGAGGGGAAGGGAAAUGAGAAUGCACCCCAUCUGGGAAUUCACCUUGGUUUCUUUCCCCUCAGAAAUGAUAUCAACCACUUCUUCCAAAUUUGAAUUACCUCUCCUCCCCACCAACAGGAAGCAGCAGAAUUUCUCAGGGAUUGACAGCUGCCAAAGUGUGGGGAGGAUAUACACCUCCACAGAUGGAACAUUAUGCUUUGCCUGCUUGUUGCAAUAUCUUGGUCCUUGUCAUCAUCACUGAGAAAAAGUUGCUGCUCCUGUUCCUGUGCAUUUAAAAAUCUGCAGUAUUUGCUAGGUGGAUCUUAUGGGUGGACCUUUGUUUUUUUUGUGAGCGUAGAUUUCAAGUGUUUCUGUAAUGCAAGAUUCCUUGUGAUUGGGUGGGCUAUAAAUAAAUCAUUUAUUAUUGUUAUUUAUAAGACAAGUAGCACAAUGCCCAGAGGAUCCUGGGAUGUCCAGUAACUUCAAGUGGUAAUGCCAUUGAGUUACCAUGUGAGAAGUACUUUCACCAAUGAUAACAGAAAUACUGCACGGAAACAAAUGUCAUUAUGAUCAGUGAUGUGAUUUCCUGCUAUAUGUACCUGGAAGUCAAAUAUGGACAACAACCCUCAUCCUGUGUCAUUCCUGGUGAAAAAAAAUUUAAACCAUCAAAAGGUUUAUUAGUGUUUUAUUGAGUUGUGACUUCUUGGCUAUAUAGGGAUUUUUAUCACACUCUGCAGCAAGGUCAGUCAUGGGAGAUGCUGAUUUUGUAAGAAUAAUCUAUACCAGUGAUUCUCAAGAGUUGGCUUUUCAGAGGUUUAAGACAUCAAGUCGUUAGAUACCUGAUCAGUAGCCAUAUUGCAGGGCUAGUGUCAUUAGGAGAGCUGUAUGGUUUUCACCCCUGACAUCAUACAUUAGGGCUGAACUCCCAGUGAAUUUGCAUGUGUCCUAUAACUUAUCUGUUCCCUUGUCAAGUUCCUCAUUAGUGAGCUUAGUAAGCUUUCCUGGUGGUGUACUUUUGGAACAACCAGUUGUGUAACAAGUAAGAAUUCUGCUAGUGAAGAUUUUGCUAUCUGUGUUAUUUGGAAGCUGAGAAAAGCUUCCAGUUGGGUUACAGCAGAAUUACAUGUGGUGCAUCAGUUUCUGUUCUCUUGGUUCCACUAAAAACACACACAGCGUCUUAUGAAUAAACUUAACAGUGUCUGUUUUAAGAUUAAAAACACAACUGCUGUCUAGAGCAUGUGGUUAUAGACAGUCAUAGUAACAAACAAACAAAAGGAGAUCUCUUGCAGUGCUGCUAUGAACCCUAUGGUCCUGUCUCCAAAUAUUAACUCUAUUUAUAACAGUAUGGUUUGUACUUUAGCAGCCUAUGCAACCGUUAAAAGACACAGGAGUCCUGUAGAAAUUGCUGCUGUGAGCUGUAUUUUCCUUUCUUCCUUUCUCAGCAUGGCCUGUUUCUGCAAAAGUUUCUCUGAGCCACGAUGAUCCUCAGUUUCUUGUUAUCAUCUUUCUUAUACUUCUAUACUGAAAAUCAUAUUAUUCUCUCUGCUUUUUCAGAACAGGGAUCACAACAUUUGUACUUUGUAGAAGACCUUCCAUGCCACAAUGGCAUGUUAGAUACUACCAACAUCAGCAGUAGCAAUAUUUUGAAUUAGGUCCAGAUUUAGAGGAAUGCAGCUGGGCAGAUGGCCUCUUCACCCUGCCUCCCCAUGGCAGCCCCUCCAGACCUUUCCUGAAGUGCUUCACAAGAUUAGACUGGAUCAUGGGAUAUAUUUAAAAAGAUGUGCUCUGAAAGAAGAGGCUUGUAGGUGGUUUUCAAAGAUCCCUAUUCCACAGGCUACUCCUUUCAGCUGCCUUUGAACUCUUUGGGUAGCAUUUUGAGGAGACAGCUGGAGGGGCAUUCAUAAAAGUGGGGCUAGGAGAGUUUUUUUCCACAAGCCUAGUUGUAUGCAACUAAUUUUGGACUGAAUCCUUUAUCAUCUUAUUUUAAGAGAUAUAUGUGAGGGAUGGAAGAAGCACAGCUCUCCCAAUGUUGUGAGACUACAACUCCCAGUAUAUCCAAUGGUGAUCGAUGCUGAAACCUGCAGUUUCACAGCAUUUAAGGAACUCCAUUUCUUCCCCUGUUGUUUACCCUAGUCUCUUGAUCUAACAUUUAGGUGGGCUUAAACCAGAUUCUCCACUUCACUAUCAAGCUGUUAACCCAUGGGAAACAGUGUUAUAAGAGUGGAUGGAAAGGAAUUACAGCUCUCUGGUGUGCCUGCUGUGAUCACUUUAUUUUUAUAAGGUUUGUGGAAACCCUAGGGAAAAUUGCCAGAAUUUAGAUGUCAAUCAGGAACAUGGUGCUAAGGCUAUGUUAUUUAAGUGCAACUUACAAGAAGUACUAUUUUUAAUAAGAAAAACUAAAAUGCAACUAUGUGUAUUAUAUAUGAAAUUUAGUGUUAUCCCCUGGAACUCAACAAGUCAGUUAAGAACGUGUAACCUAGAGUUAUGCGUUUGUGCUGUGUGUUCAUGAUAUCUCUGCUUUCUCUAGUUUAGGGAAAUGUAGGGACCAUGAAAGUCCUCCGUUCCCUACUUACUGGACAGCAGCUGCUGUGAUUGACAUGUGUCUGUUCCUUUGGUGAUUAGGAAGCAUCUGAUUGACAUUCCCAUUUCCCACCUCCCAUGUGAGCAAUAUGCGUCAGAGAGGAAAUUGUGACGGGUUCUGCUGCUGCCUGUUGCGCUGGUGGGAACAUCAGACCCUUGCUUCCCAAUCCAUAGGGAACAGACACCCAUCAAUUAUAGUGGUUGCUGCGCAGUAAAUGGGGAUGGAACACUGGACCAAGAGUCACUGCGUAGCCAUGUAACUGUUAACCCAGUGGAUACACAUUUGUAUCUGUGCAAAUGAAUUAUAUUAUUGCCAACAGUGACUUGGCUUCAGAUGUAAUAUUAAGCUAAGGUCUUGGAUUUGUGCCUUCCUUUCUCUGUCCAAUAUGGGCAUGUGAUCAGAUGCUUUAGCUUCCAUGGUUCAGCAGACCAGAACUGAAGUCACUCUGAAGUAUGAUUUAGAGCAGGAGUGGACAAAAUGCAUUCCUGCAGAAGUUGUUCAGCUGCAGUUCAAAGAAUGCUGGGAGCUGUAACACAACCACAUUUAGAAAAAACAACCCACUAUCAGCAAUUACUCUUUGAAAUUGGCUUCAUUACCUAAACUGUAGUUGUGUCCAAGUCCAAGCAAUCUGUAGUUCACCUCAAUUACAAGCCACUAUUUGUUGAAAAGAAAAUGGAAAGCUUUCUAUUAUCCUCCUGAUGAAACUAAAGGGUGAAGUGGACAUGCAAGUGGGUUUCAUGUUCCUGAAGAAUUUGUCUUCCAUACUUUAAGUGAGAUUCUUAAAACAUUCAUGCUUUGCUAAUGAAGACCUGAGGAAUCAGUGUCUAGAAAACUUUAGACUAAAUCUGCCUCUUAACAAAAUGCCAGUUAACUUCCUGCCUCUAUGUAGAUAAUGUCUUUCCUGAGCUCAUAGAAAAAGUCUUUAGAAAAUUGACAUGGCUUAACAGCUUGUUUGUUUUGGGGCAUCCUAAGCAUAGAUUUUGAUGAUACUCCUUGGUCAUUGAAUUGGCAACCAGCAUAAAUGUGAGCAAAUACAUGGUGGUAAGAUCACUUUUGUUUAAAAUAAUUUGGUUUUAUUGUUUUACAAUCUCUGUCUUUGUGAGGAUGCUAUAAGAGUAAAGAUGUCAGAGCCUGGCUUUCUAUUUAAAAUGAGAGAUGUAAUGCCAUUUAUGAUCUCAGUGACACUUAGGAAUUUUGUAAGACUGAAUGUUAAGAUUCCUGUAUUAUAUACAGUACAAGUGGUCCUUUACAGCAAUAGAAAUGUAUUCUAGUUGAUAUUCUGACAAAUGGCUCCAUUUACUCAAAUGGGUACACCUAUGGAUGCCAUUAUGCAGUUUGGUGCCUUCUUGUAUCAUCAGCCACAGAAUGCUCCCAUUGUAUUUCACUUUUGUGGACUAGACCUUCAGAUGCACAGGCAAUAUCUACUCCAUAGCCAGUUUUGGGCCUUGCUCUAGCAUGAAAAUCAGACAGUCUACUGUUUAGAGACUUAUGUAGGCCCUUCACCAUUGUAAAAUGUCUGUGCAUAGCCUCUGAAAAGUGAGAAUAAGAACACAGCAAGAUGUACAUUAAUUUAUUGGGCAUAAAGUGGUAUGUGUAUGUAGGAGUCUGCUAUAUGAGCUGGGCUUACAAAAAUAGCAAAGUUGUAGGGAUGUACAACAGUAGGACCUGUCACUAGGGAUGUCACGUGCUCUGGCCAAUAGAAAGCUGUGCCAUUGCUGCAGAGGUAUCCUAUAUGGUGCUUGGAGUAACAAUGGGUGUAUGCUAUAUUAGAGCAAAGGCUUAGCAUUUUCUGUAGCAAUAAAAUAUUGCUCUUUGCUUCAGUAUAACAGCCCCUUUCAUAUCACUUCUGGCAAGAACAGUAUGUUUUUUCACAGUAGGGAAAGGGGAGAUUAGAGGCAACAUGCUUAGCAAAAAUGAGGUGAGUUGAAAAAGAAUAACUAGACCUGUUCAGACAGAGAUCUCUGAUGUCCAGAUAAAUGGUGUUAUGCCAUGGGAUGGUGAAGUCAUGCAUACAAUUUUCUUGGUCUGUUUCCUUUUUGAAAACAGGAAUGAUUCCCAUGAAAUUGUGUGGGUGGGGGUGUUGGCACUCUUUCUUUCUUUCUUUCUUUCUUUCUUUAAAGAGAAGUAGCAAAAAUUGACUGAGAUAACAUUCUUUCUCGUUCUUGUACAUCUGGGUAAUUCACAAAGUGGAAAUUUGUAUAACUGUCAAAAAAAAAAAAAAGGAAGGA